AUGCCUAGAAGAAAAGAAUAUACUACAGCAGAGGAAGAAGAAGCAUUGAGGUUGAAAAAAAUAGCUGAAGUAAAAGCAAGAAGGGAAGCACAACAAAAUAAGCCUAUACCUGCUUUUUCUUCUGAUGAAGUUACAGUUGUUUUCGUUCUGGGUGGUCCAGGUGCUGGUAAAGGGACCCAAUGCGAAAAUUUGAAAAGAGAUUAUGGAUUUGUUCAUUUAUCAGCGGGAGACUUAUUACGUGCUGAACAAAAACGUGAAGGAUCAAAAUAUGGAGAAUUAAUUAAUCAUUAUAUUAAAGAGGGACUAAUUGUUCCUAUGGAAGUUACGAUUGCACUUUUAGAACAAGCUAUGAAAGAUGCAAUUGCUGAGGGUAAACAAAAAAGAUUCUUAAUUGAUGGCUUUCCUCGUAAAAUGGAUCAAGCUAUCAAAUUUGAAGAAGUAGUUGUGCCUUCGAAAUUAGUGUUGUACUUUGAAUGUCCUGAAGAAGUCAUGUUAAAGAGAUUAUUAAAAAGAGGAGAGAGUUCUGGACGUGUAGAUGAUAAUAUUGAGUCUAUUAAAAAACGUUUUGCUAUCUUUAAGGAUACUAGUAUGCCUGUUAUUGAAGCAUUUGAAAAACAAGAUAAAGUGAAGAAGGUUUCCUGUGACCAAUCAAUUGAUCAAGUUUAUGAAUAUGUGAAAGAUAUUUUCGACACUAUUUUUGCUGCUGAAAAAUAA